UAAUGAAAUUGGCAGCACUUGAGUAGAACUGUCAAAAAAUUUCCUGCCAUAUCGGAAAUUUCCCUUUCAGUUUCUUUUCUAGCAUUUCUCUACACGUUUCUGGAGAUAGACGAACAAAAUGCAGAUUUUUGUCAAAACACUGACUGGUAAGACCAUCACUUUGGAGGUCGAGCCAUCUGACACCAUCGAAAAUGUCAAAGCCAAAAUCCAAGACAAAGAAGGUAUCCCACCAGAUCAACAACGUUUGAUCUUCGCCGGCAAACAAUUGGAAGAUGGUCGCACUUUGUCCGAUUACAAUAUCCAAAAGGAGUCAACCCUUCACUUGGUGUUGCGUCUGCGUGGUGGUAUCAUUGAACCCUCAUUGCGUAUCUUGGCACAAAAAUACAAUUGCGAUAAAAUGAUCUGCCGUAAAUGCUACGCCCGUUUGCAUCCACGUGCAACCAAUUGCCGCAAGAAGAAGUGUGGACACACCAAUAACUUGCGCCCCAAGAAGAAGUUGAAGUAGACCACUGGUAUAUGGAGAAUUUCAACAAAAGUGGGAAGAGUGUUUGCGGGGAAUGUGUACAAGCGGCAUUCUUUUAUUUCAUUUUUUCAAUAUGUACACAAGCAACAUUUUGGAUUGAAGUGGAAAUUUUAUUUUAAAAUUUUGCAAAGUAUAUGAUUAAAGAAAAAUAUCAUCUUA